AUGCGGGGUGCUCCAAUCGCUCUACUCUAUGUGGUGGUGACCUUGGCGUCCGGCAUGGUCAUUACCUCCAGACUUACUGCUGAGGCUCACAUUGCUGUCCGCGGUGAAGACCACGAUGGCGGUGGUCCAUGGUGGGGUGACCAUGGAGGUCACGGCGAUGAUAACCAUGGCGGCGGUCAUCAUGGGGGAGGUAUUCCCCCAGCAGAGACCACUCCCUGUGAGACUGAGACUCCCCCGCCUAUCAAGACCUCCACCCCGUGCGAGACCAACACGCCUACUACUACCCCAGCUGUGAAUACAACCACUCCCCCGGUUGUCACGCCUACCUCGACCCCAACUCAAACUUACACCCCGACUCCCCCGGCCGAAAGCUCUACACCGUGCGAGACAGACACGUCUACUACUCCCCCAGUUGCGUCGUCAACUACUCCACCGGUUGUAACGCCUACCUCGACCCCAUGUGGAACUGACACACCAACUCCCCCGAUCAAAAGCUCUACACCGUGCGAGACAGACAUGUCUACCACUCCCCCAGUUGUGACUUCUACGUCCCCUCCGGUUGUGACAUCAAGUUCGACUUCUAGCGAGACGUGCACUCCCACUGCUCCCCCCGCCUCUAGCACUCCCUGCGAGACCGAUUCUACCACAGCGUCACCUCCUGCUUCUACCACUACCUGUGAAACCGAGACAUCCACUGGUACUCCUCCAGUUGUCGUGAUAACCACCACCUACACCACUACCACCUGCCCAGUUACCUGGAGCACCGUCACAAGUGGCACCACAACAUACACCCACCCCGUGACCCAGACUAGCACGAUCACUGUGACGUCUGUUUCCACCUGCAGUGAGGGCUGUACCCAUCCCACAACCCCUCCCAUCAACCCCACGAUUCCCCCUGUUGUUUCAACAACUUCUAUAGUGGUGCCCCCUUCAACCACUAAGCCUACCAUCCCCCCUAUUGUUUCCACGUCUGUGGUGUCUCCUCCGGCUAUUGAGCCCAGUGUUCCAGCUACUGAGCCUACUGCCCCGGAAGUGUCAACCCCCGUCACUUCUUCUACCGUCGCUCCUCCUGUUUCCUCUCCUGCUUUUAACAAUGCUCCAGCUCUCCACAUGUCAGCUGCGGCCUUCCUUCCUGGUCUCACUCUUCUGUUUGCUCUGCUCUGA